AUGCCCAUCGAGGCUCUCCCGCAGGACACAGUUCGAGCCAUUGGGUCGACAUCAGUUAUAUCCGAUCCCUGCUCUGUGGUGAAAGAGCUUGUUGACAAUGCCUUGGAUGCAUCUGCGUCAUCCAUAAGCGUUGAACUAUCCCUGAACACCAUUGAUGUCAUCCAAGUCAAGGACAACGGUAUCGGUAUCUCGGCCGAUGACCACCCUGGUGUUUGCCGGCAUGCAUGUACGAGCAAAAUUCAGACUGUUGAGGAUCUGAAGAAUAUCGGAGGGACCUCCUUUGGCUUCCGUGGCGAAGCUUUAGCGAGCGUGGCGGAGAUGUCAGGCGGCGUCACCGUUACUACGCGAACUACGUCAGAGGUGAUUGGGUCGUGUGUCAAGUAUAGUCGAGAGGGCGAGAUUUUGCAAAAUCAGCGGACAGCCCACCCGGUAGGGACGACAGUUCGCGUCACGGACUUUCUCAAGCACAUCCCUGUCCGCAGACAGACUGUGCUCAAGGGGACCACAAAGGCUUUUACCAAGAUUAGAAAACUUCUGCAAGCCUAUGCCUAUGCUCAGCCUUCUUGUCGGUUGUCUCUCAAAUUUCUCAAGGCGAAAAACGAGAGCAAUAACUGGAUGUAUGUACCUAGUCCAGAGGCUGCAAUAAGCGAUGCGGCUGUCAAGAUUGCUGGAAGAGACGCUUCUUCAUGCUGCAGUUUGAAGGACGUUUCGUCGGACGUGAACACCCAAAAUGGAAGCAACUUGACCUCGGGCACAUACCGUUUGGGUGCCUUUCUUCCAAGGCCAGAUAUAGACUUCUCCAAAAUAAAUCAUAUCGGCCAGUUUGUCAGCCUUGAUGGCAGACCAUUGUCCUCAUCCCGGGGAAUUUCUCAUGACAUUGUGAAGUUAUUCAAGUCUUACCUCCGCUCGGCUGCUUCCAAGGAUGGGUUUUCGAAGACCAUCGUCGAUCCAUUCCUCUGUCUACAGAUAGAGUGUCCACAGGGUGCCUACGACGUGAAUAUAGAACCGGGAAAAGAUGAUGUGCUCUUUGAAGACCGAGAAAUAAUGUUGUCUCUGGCGGAAAACCUGUUGCGAGACUUUUACGGCCAGCUACCUGUGGACACAAAGAAAAGCCCAACCAAAGACAAGUCUACAUCUUCCAACACAGCGGGAACGACCACUGGCUUCAAUGUCCUCAUGGCCAGAAAACACACCGAAGGACCGCCAGCUAACCAACCAGCCAAUGUCAGGGAGCUCCCGGUCAGUCACUCUACCAGGAAGCCACCCUCCCAUCCCCGUCCCAAAUACACGCCGAAAAUUCUCCUACGAUAG